AUGAGCCUGCCUGUUGUCCCUGGCUCAGACUCAUCUGGUAUUGCCGUGGCGGUUGGCCCCAAGGUCACCAAGAUCUCCAAGGGCGACAGAGUAUGCACCCUCUUCAACGAACUUCACCAAGCGGGCGAGAUCACUCCCGACGGAGUAGGAAGUGGCCUUGGAGGCGCUAUUGACGGCACACUGCGCAACUACGGUGUCUUCCCGGAACAUGGUCUUGUUCAGGCACCGCAGUCCCUGAGUGCCAUUGAAGCCAGCACCUUGACUUGUGUCCCUCUGACGGCCUGGAAUGCUCUUUAUGGACUGCAGUCCAAGACUGUCAGGGCUGGUGACUGGGUUCUAACCCAAGGUACAGGCGGUGUGAGUCUCGCAGCCAUCCAGUUUGCAGUCGCCGCCGGAGCUACCGUUGUGGCCACUACGUCUUCAAACGACAAAUUCGACGCUCUCAAGAAGCUGGGAGCUUCUCACCUCACCAACUACCGCGAGACACCCAACUGGGGCGAAGCCGCACGGGCACUGACUCCAAAGGGACUGCGCUUUGACCAUAUUCUUGAGAUUGGCGGCGCAGCCAGUAUUGCGCAGUCGCUUAAGGGCAUCAAACUCGGCGGCGUCAUCACCAUCAUUGGGUUCCUCACGUCAUCGGACAAGCAGCCGGACUUGAUGGAAGCUCUCAGUCAUCUGUGCAUUGUCCGUGGUAUCUUUGUCGGAUCCCAGGUGCAGUUUGAGGAGAUGAACCGUGCUAUUGACUCGAUCAAGAUGCGACCGGUAGUUGAAAGCAAGAUCUUUUCUUUUGAGGAGGUCAAAGAGGCCUACCAGUAUCAGUGGGAGAGGAAGAACUUUGGCAAGGUUGUCAUUCGGGUUGGAAACUGA